AUGGCCUCGCUGCCCUAUCAUCAUACUGCUCGCCAGGGCUCCCGAAAUGCAUCCAGCGAUCCAAGAGAGGAACUCACAGUUCACCUCGACCACUAUAUUGGCAUUGAUGUCGGGACUGGCAGUGCUCGUGCCUGUAUCAUCGAUGCCAAGGGUGAUAUCGUGGGUUUAGCUUCAGAGAACAUUGGCCUCUGGCAACCAGAGCACGGAUACUAUGAACAAUCUACAUCCGACAUCUGGCAUUGCAUUUGUGUUGUCGUUCAGCGAGCUAUAAGCCAACACAAUAUCAACCCUGACACGGUUCGAGGUAUCGGAUUUGAUGCCACUUGCUCCUUGUCCGUUUUUUCCAAUGAGACCGACGAACCGAUCUCUGUAACCGGCCCAAACUUCGACUCGGACCGCAACGUGAUCUUAUGGCUGGAUCACCGUCCAGUGGAAGAAGCCGCAAAGAUCAAUGCUACCAACCACAACUUGCUCCGCUACGUUGGCGGGAAGAUGUCCAUUGAGAUGGAGAUCCCCAAGGUUUUGUGGCUGAAGAACCAUAUGCCCAAGGAACUUUUUGAUAAAUGCAAGUUCUAUGAUUUGAGCGAUGCUCUUACCCAUAUUGCUACCGGCAAUGAAAAGCGAAGCUUCUGUAGCGUGGUCUGCAAGCAAGGAUAUGUGCCCGUGGGUGUCGAUGGGAGUGUGAAGGGAUGGCAAGAAGAUUUCCUGCAGGACAUAGGCCUGGGUGACUUGACCGAAGAUAACUUCAGGCGCAUGGGCGGAGUUGACGGGGUGAAUGGCAAUUAUUUGAGUGCUGGUGAACUAGUCGGCACGCUAUGUGAUAAGGCUGCAGCUGAAUUAGGCCUGCCAGCCGGAAUUGCCAUUGGCAGUGGUGUGAUCGACGCCUAUGCCGGCUGGAUCGGUACUGUCGGAUCCAAGGUCGAUCUGGGCUCCGGUCAAUCCAGCACAGAUGCCCCCAAGCUUGAUAGAUCAGAAGCUUUCUCUCGCCUCGCAGCGGUCGCGGGAACCUCGACGUGUCACCUUGCCAUGUCUCCGGACCCAGUGUUUGUUGAUGGAGUCUGGGGACCAUAUCGGGAUACCAUCCUCCCCGGAUAUUGGAUGGCUGAAGGUGGCCAAUCUGCCACAGGAGAGUUACUCAAGCACGUCAUCGAGACCCAUCCGGCAUUCCACCAAGCAACUUCGAUCGCCGACUCAUACCAUACCAACAUUUACGAAUAUCUGAAUGAACACCUCAAAGAGAUGGCUCACGAUCAGGGGGCGCCCUGUAUAUCCUAUCUCGGACGCCACUUUUUCUUCUAUGGAGAUCUAUGGGGCAAUCGCUCUCCUAUCGCCGAUCCCAACAUGACUGGAUCUAUCUUUGGCCUGACCAGUGACAAGUCCGUGGAUGGCCUUGCAAUUUACUACUACGCCACGUUGGAGUUCAUUGCGCUGCAGACCAAGCAGAUUGUAGAGACAAUGAAUAAGGCAGGCCACCGCAUCACAUCGGUGUUUAUGUCGGGCUCACAAUGCCAGAAUGACAUCCUGGUCAAUCUCGUUGCCUCUGCCUGCGAUAUGCCUGUGUUGAUUCCUCGGUACAUUCAUGCCGCAGUAUGCCAUGGCGCUGCAAUGCUGGGCGCUAAGGCUGCAAGCGCUGAUUCUCAAGGUAAAACCGAGGACCUGUGGGAUAUCAUGGACCGGAUGAGUAAGCCUGGCAAAAAGGUCUUGCCGACGGAGGAUAAGAACGAGAAAGCCUUGCUCCGUGUUAAAUAUGAGGUAUUCUUGGAGCAGUGUUUCAAGCAGCAGAAAUACCGUGCCUUGGUCGAUGACGCUGUGGGGGCCUGGAAGUCCAAGUGA